UGGACGAACGACGUCAAUGCUCUGAGUCUUCAUUUUCCACAAAGCAGCUUCUCAAACCCAUUGUCUAGCUUCUCCCUCUCCACCCAAACAACCGUGUUUCCCUGUGUCCUGUGCGUGUGUUUUGGAGCUCCAGGCGUAGCCAUGGCUGAGGUACUGGCCACCAUGGUGGUCGGGCCGCUGGUGUCCAUGGUGAAGGAGAAGGCCUCCAGCUACCUCCUGGACCAGUACAAGGUGAUGGAGGGCAUGGAGGAGCAGCACAAGCUCCUCAAGCGCAAGCUGCCGGCCAUCCUGGACGUCAUCACCGACGCCGAGGAGCAGGCAGCAGCCAAGAGAGAAGGGGCGAAAGUUUGGCUAGAGGAGGUUCGGAAGGUUGCCUACCAGGCGAAUGAUGUUCUCGACGAGUUCAAGUACGAGGCGCUGCGCCGCAAAGCCAAGAAGGAGGGCCACAACAAGGACCUCGGCAUAGAUGUAAUAAAGCUCUUCCCUACUCACAACCGUAUUGUUUUCCGUCACAGGAUGGCAAACAAGCUCCUCGUGAUCUUGAAAGAAAUUGAUGUCCUCGUCGCCGAGAUGAAUGCAUUUAGGUUCAAAUUCAAACCAGGGCAGCCAGAGCCCACAAAUUACUUGAGGCAGUAUAAUUCUAAUAUCAUCGACCCAACAAACAUCGCCAGCAGAUCGAGAGCUGAUGAGAAGAAGGCAGUUGUUUCUACAUUGCUUGCUCAAGUCGGAAAUGAGAAUCUCACGGUCCAUCCAAUUGUCGGUAUGGGAGGGUUGGGCAAGACCACCUUAGCACAACUCAUUUACAAUGACCCUGAAAUCCAGAAGCAUUUCGAGUUGCGGCUUUGGGUGUGUGUCUCUGAUAACUUUGAUGCAGAUUCCUUGGCUGAUAGAAUAGUGAAAGAGAAUGGUUGUAAUCCAAGUGGAAGUUCAGCACGGGAGAAGCUUCAAAACGUAGUGAGUGGGAAGAGGUACCUCCUCGUACUGGAUGAUGUCUGGAACCGUGAUGAGCACAAGUGGGAAAGGCUGAAGUCCUACCUUCAACAUGGUGGCAAAGGUAGCUCACUGCUGACAACAACCCGUGAUGACAAAGUUGCUCAGCUAAUGGGUACAACAGAAGUAAAAAAUCUCAAAAGCUUAGAUGAAAUCUACAUAAAGGAAAUUAUUGAAACAAAAGCAUUCGGUUCAAAACAAGUAGAGCAAAGGUCUCGUGAACUAGUUGACAUGGUUGGUGACGUAGCUAAGAGAUGUUCUGGCUCUCCUUUGGCUGCUACAGCUUUGGGCUCUGUACUGCGACCAAGACCAGCAAGCAAGAAUGGGAUGCUGUACUAAAUAGAAGCACAAUUUGUGAUGAGGAAAAUGGAAUUUUACCAGUACUUAAAUUGAGUUACAAUUGCUUGCCAUCAUAUAUGCGGCAAUGCUUUGCUUUCUGUGCUAUGUUUCCCAAGGAUUAUGAGAUUGAUGUGCAAA